AUGGAAUUUAAAAAUAAUUUGUGGCAAUUCAAAAAGCAAAAAAUACUUAGAGAUAAAUCUGAUUAUGAUAAUGACAAAGUGUAUAGAUUUCCACAAUUUGAGAACAGGAAAAGGAGCAGACAGUCUAAGAGAAGUGCAGAUAAGAGAGUUAAAUUUGCUGACACAGACACAGAAUAUGAUUAUGAUUCAUCAGAUUUAGAAAUCAGUGAAACACAAAAACAUUUUUCAGGAGCUGCAGGCUACAGCAGUGACUCUGGGUCUGUAUCAUAUGAUGGCCUUGAAGGAGCAGUUGGAGGCACUUGGCCAGAAAUCAAUAAAUUUUGCCAUAUGGAUUUUCAGGAAGGAUCAAAUUGUUAUGAUGAAGUCACUUUACAUAAUGUAAACCACAAUCACACAUAUAAUCAAUUGCCUAACCAGCUAGAACCUAGUCCUGAACAUCACUACAGUUGGUCAUCGAAAGCAGGGAGAUUAAGAAGCCCAUGUAUCGGCGGAAUUAAUAAAAAUCUCAGUCGUGAUGAACGACGUGCAAAAUCAUUACAAAUUCCUUUUUCGGUAGAUGAAAUUGUUAGCAUGCCCGUAGAAAUGUUCAACAACAUGUUAUCAAAGAAUUACUUGACAGAAACUCAAGUAUCUGUUAUACGAGACAUUAGACGACGAGGUAAAAACAAAGUGGCUGCUCAAAACUGCCGCAAACGUAAGCUUGAUGUUAUUCUGAAUUUAGAAGAUGAUGUGUGCAAGCUGAAAGCCCACAAAGAAAAGCUUCUCAAAGAAAGGGCCCAGUGCAGCAGGUCUAUUAAUAACAUGAAACAGAAACUCAAUGACUUGUACCGUGAUGUUUUUAGCAAACUAAGGGAUGAACAAGGCAGGCCAGUGAAUCCAAGUCAGUAUGCUUUGCACUGCAAUAGUGAUGGAAGCAUCAUGGUUGUUCCAAGGAGACUUUUCAAAGCCGAACAAAAAAAAGAGGCUCCAAAGGAGAAGAAACCAUAAAUGGUUCUUAGGAGCACUGACUCAUUAAAGAGGAGUUGUUAAAUGAAAGAAAUAAAAAGACUAAAGCAUAUGAGAGGAGUGGUGGUAUUGAGAGCUUGGGUUAAAACACACUGGAGGUGAUCAAUUCUGAGCAUGAUAAUCUAGAUUAGCUGUAAUAAUUCUGACAUCUGUUCAGAUAACAGCUGUACGCUAAUUAUCUUCUCAUCUUUCUACAUAAAAUAUGUGGACUAGCUGCUUUACUUUUCUUCCAGAUACGGCACUAAAGAUAGGAAGUUGUACAGACUUCUUUUUGUUAUGCCAGAAAUUAUCUGCACUGUCGGACAAUAUUAUCAAAACUCUUAAGGUUUUUAUUUUAUGCAGUUUAAUUACCCACUAAUAACUAUUAGUAUGGUAUAUAAUCAUAAGACCUAGAUAAACUGAUUUCAUUUUUAUGAAAAGAUAGUGUCAGAAAAGCUUUCUUAUAUCAAAUUUGCAGGCCAAUUUUCUGGUAAAAUUGGAUUUUAAUGGAAUACUUGUAAAAUGGACAUUCGAAAAAUGAGACGUUGCCUCUUUAAAGGACAUGACUGUUGAUAUACAAAGUGACCUUAGACUUAGUCUGUCGGCACUGGAGCACAUUCUGAAAUAUAAAUACUUAGCUUUACAUUAUUUUCUUUUUUUAAAUGAUGUGGUAUAUGUCUUUAAUUUAUAUUUGUGGUCUUUAUGAGGAUUUAAAUUAUGCUUUUUAUGUGUUGUUUCUUCUUUUUAGUUUUGUUCUCGACUUUUUUUUUUUCCAAAAGGUCCUGGUGGCUGUUCAUUGCUUUAGCCUUUCAUUAUUAAUACUUUCAUUGUGAGCAAACUGGAGUUGCUUGUUUUGUAUUCUUAAUGUAAUUUCUCCAGCAUACAAUAUUGGAUGAUAGCAGAAUCUUCUUUGUUUGGAUAGGAAUAUUUUUUUGUUAUAGAGACUUGGUUUACAAUAAUGUAAUUUCCCAGCUUGCAUUUAUCUUUUUUUUUCUUCCCAAAAAUCAACUUUUAUUAUUCCGCAUAAUUUAUGGUUUGCAAUAUUAAGUGUUCUGGUUUCAUUCUGAGCCAGUGGAGUGUCAUAAAUAACCAAGUAUUUUCAUUAUAUAGAAGUACUAUACCGUUUAAAAUAAGUUCAAAGAUAAGCUAUAUGCAGCAAAUAAGAGGAUAUAUUAAAAGUCUGACUUUUCUCAAAA